CGACCCAGCGGCACUAGUUCAGUUCCAUCGUGCCCGCACUUUGACAAGCUAGAAGCACGGCGUGGCAACCGAGAGGGGAGAGAGAGAGACUGCCAUCCACCAGACCCCCUGCAAUUUCAUUGUCCACAACAUUUAUCCCUCAAGCUGACUCGACAUGAAAGGGAACACCUCGUUUUCUCGUUUGUUCUUUUGUGUUUUGUUUUUCUCAACAGGUUUUCUAUUAUUCCCUCAGCAAAUAACAAGCCUGCGGGACCAGUCAGGAGCAAACCUUCCAAUUUGCAAAGAGUCAGAUUACUACUAUGAAUACACAGAGUGUGACAGUGUUGGCUCCAGGUGGAGAGUAGCUGUGCCUCACUCUCCAGGGACCUGCACAGGACUGCCAGACCCAGUCAAAGGCACCGAAUGCUCGUUUUCCUGUGAAGCUGGUCAGUUCUUAGACAUGAAGAACCAAUCAUGCAAAGAAUGUGCUGCUGGUACUUACUCUCUCGGCACUGGCAUUGAAUUCAAUGAGUGGGAUGAGCUACCAUCAGGAUUUGUCAACACAGGAACGGCUCUAGAGUCACCAGACAACGAAUCAACUGAGAAUUGCACCAUGUCAAAAUGGACCCUUAAAGGUGAUUUCGUGGCAUCCAACAGUGAUGAAUGCACAGCCACUCUGAUGUAUGCAGUGAACCUGAAACGAUCAGGCAGCAUCUCGUUUGAAUAUCAAUAUCCAGAUACCAGCAUUUACUUUGAAUUUUUUGUUCAGAAUGACCAAUGUCAAGCAAUGGAUGGUGAAUCAAAAUGGAUAAGAAAAACAGAAAGGAAUGAAUGGGAUCAUCAUUCAGUACAGUUGAAUCGUGGAAAUAAUGUUUUGUACUGGCGAACAACAGGCUUUUCAAUGGGCACGAAAAUGCUAAAGCCUGUUCUCAUCAGGAACAUUUUCAUCACAGGAGUAGCCUAUACAUCAGAAUGUUUUCCAUGUAAACCAGGCACGUUUAAUGCAAAACCUGGAUCCUCUCAUUGUCAUUUAUGUGCAAGAAACACCUAUUCUCCAAGAGCAGCAACUUCAUGUCAAGCAUGUGAAAAAGAUAAAUACUCAGAGCCUGGUUCAGGAACAUGCAAACCACGGUCUCCAUGCUCAGGGAAGGACUAUUUCUCUACACACACACCAUGUGAUGUCGAAGGAAAGACACAGGUAAUGUAUAAAUGGAUUGAACCCAAACUCUGCAGUGAAGAUGCAAAGGGAGCAGUGAAACUUCCUGUGUCGGGAGCCAAGAAGCCAUGUCAACCAUGUAACCCAGGCUUUGUCCAAAUUAAUGGUACUCAUAACUGUGAGCCAUGUCAGUACGGAUUUUACUCAGAUGGAUCUCAAGAAUGUACUAAGUGUCCUGUUGGCACUGAACCAGUAUUGGGAUUUGAAUACAAAUGGUGGAAUACUUUGCCUAAAAAUAUGUUUAGUUCAUGUUUCAGUGGAAUGAAUCAAGACUGUGGAGAAACGCCAGGAUGGGAGGUAGCUGGAGAUCACAUACAUAGUUCGAUUGCAAGUGCUGGCAAUAAUUACUUGUUGCUAAUGAUGAAUGUUCCUGGAUUUAGACCCCCACAGUCAACAGUGGAGAACCUAGACAAUCCAGAAGUUGCUCGGAUCACUUUUAUCUUUGAGACAAUGUGCACUGCAGACUGCGAGUUAUAUUUCUUGGUGGGACCUACUAGAGAAAAUACAAGAUCAGUGGAAGUCUGGAAUGGCUCCAGGGAAAAGCAGUCCUACACAUAUGUGAUUGAAAGAAAUACAUCACUUGUUUUUAUGUGGGCAUUCCAGCGCACUGCUUCAUUUGAACAGAGUCGAGUGUAUUCAUCUGAUGUUGCCAAAAUAUACUCCAUCAACGUGACCAAUGUAAUAGGAGGCGUAUCAUCGUAUUGUGGACCAUGUGCACUGGAAUCGACCUCCUCAGGAUCUUCUUGUGUGUCAUGUUCACCAGGCCAGUACAUAGACAAGGAAUCCAGUAAAUGUCAAGCAUGUCCACCAAGUACCCACCUCAAAGCUCAUCAUCAUUACGGAAAAGAAUCUUGUAUCCCAUGUGGACCCGGCACCCAAAAUAAUUUGAACCACACACUCUGUUACAACAAUUGCACAUUUAUAAUUCACAAAGAGCAUUGGACAUGGCACUAUGACUUCAGUCUUCUCAAUGAAUCCACGUCGAUUACAAGUGGUCCUCGUUUCACUCCAAAAGGAGUGCGAUACUUUCACCAUUUCAACAUUGACCUCUGUGGAAAUCAGGGAAGGAAAUUGGCCUCUUGUGUGGAUAAUGUAACAAGUGAAGGUGUAAUUGAUAAUGAUGAAGGUUUUGCCAGAGCUGUCACGUCCUAUAUCUGCCAAUCUACACUUGUUCCAUCAGAUGUGACAGGAUUUAGGACAAUUAUGUCAGCCCAUCCCAUCAAUUUAGCGGAUCACUUGAUUGGAGUGACCACUCAAACCACACUGGAUAAUAUCACUGCUGACCCUGAUCUGUUUCCUAUUGAGAAAGACAGAACACUACCCGAUAUAAUCUUUUUUUAUAGGUCUACUGAGUCAACACAGACUUGCAAAAAUGGAAGAGCAUCCACAGUAAGAUUGAGAUGCAGUCCUGAAAAUGUCGGCUCAGGAGUCAUUUCAGUGCCAAGAAAAUGCCAAGAAGGAACGUGUGAUGGGUGUACAUUCCACUUCCUGUGGGAAACAGCAGAGGCCUGUCCUAUUUGUUCAAAAAGUGAUUACCAUGAGAUAAUCGGAGCAUGCAUUAGUGGAAUUCAGAAAACUACUUAUGUAUGGUCAGAGCCAAAACUAUGUAAAGAAGGUGUUGCAUUGCCAAAUGAAAAAGUAGUAACUUGCAAGACAAUGGACUUCUUCUUGAAGAUUGGAAUAAUCGCAGGGACAAUUACAGCCUGCUUAUUAAUCACCACAACGUGCUACUUUUAUAAGAAAAAUCAGAAGUUAGAGUACAAGUACUCCAAACUGGUGAUGAAUGCCAAUGCAAAGGAUGGUGAACUGCCAGCAGUUGAUAGCUGUGCUAUAAUGGAAGGUGAAGAUCUGGAAGAUGAUUUGAUUUUUAUGAGCAAGAAAUCAUUGUUCGGAAAGAUAAAGUCGAUUACUACUAAGAGAACCCCAGAUGGUUUUGACUGUGUCCCAUUGAAAUCUUCCUCUGGAUCAGCAGAUAUGGACAUGUAACAUGAUCUUUUGUGUGCACUACUUUGUAAACUAGCUCACUGAAGUGGCCUUUUUGAGACCUGUUUGACCUAAAAACAGUUUAUUAAACAGAAGUUAUCAUUAGAAUGUAAAAUAUAAAUGAGGAUCAUUUUGUAUAAAUGGUACAAACAUUGCCUCAUGAUAGCUUUGCUAAUGUAUUAUUUUAUGUAUGACACAGUUUAAUUAAAAGGAUUAAUUUAUGUUAAAUCUUUAAAGGGACAAGGGGAUUGAUGACAAUCAAAAAUACAUAUUAUGGAACCACUAAAAUGGAUUCUUGUUUGCCUCAAAAUCAGAAAUUAGGAAGUGGUUGAUUUUAAUACAGCCUCCAGUUAUUUGUAGAGUAAUGAAACUUAAAAGAUACAUCAGCUUCAAGACAUCAUCACUACAUCAUGAAAAUACUGCAACUUCAAGUAAUGUUAUUUUGUUACAAACAUCUGGAAGCCACCAAUGAGUCAAAUAGUGUCUGGCUUCCAGUCUGAUCACAGUCAGAAUAGGCUUUAAUUACAAGUGCUGUUAAUUCUCUUCCUUCGCCUUCAGAAGAUCUUUUAACACAAACCAGCCUGCCUCUGCAUUCUAGUGUACCAGCUCUGUGUUUUCCAUGCUGUGCAUCAAUGCUUGUACAACAUUGCUCAUCCUUCUUGUGAAACAAACCCAAAUGGCACAGUGUUAGCACUGCAGCUGCCAUAAUGUCAAACAUUUCCAGUGGGAGUAAAUCCUAAUGCCCCGUUUUUCAAGAUGUUUGACUACUUCAUAAAACAAAAUGUCAGUAUUUAACCAAUUUUGAACAUCAGUAGCAAUGUAACAGAGCAGCAGUCAGUUGUGUUUCUGAUGGUAAGAUUUUCAGAAAGUUAUUACUAGACAUUGAAUUUUUAAAAUCCUUUAAAAAUGGGGUUUAUUUAUCCUCAGAGUUUCUUCCCAGAGCUAUCCCUAAUGAAUUAUCCCAUUAAGGCCCUUAUAUUAUCACUUAUUUUUCAUCCAUAUUUCAAAGCAAGUUGACUUUGUAUUUCCUGUUUUUUUUGGACACAAUAAAGGGAAAAAUGAGUGCGGUACAAUAAAAAUCUUGAAAUGCAGUCAUGAAGAUCCUAUUCUGACAGUGAUUCAAUCAAAACUUCUUUUAUCUUAAAUGAAAUUUGGGUUCAUAACUGUGCUAUUUCAUUGCAUGGAAAUGUUUUGCAUGUAGAAUUCUUUUUUUACUUUUUAAAAUUAAUAAUGAUGUUAGAUGGUCCAGUGAAUUCAGCAAUGCCCAAGAUUACUGCAGGGGAAUUCUUUUUAUAUAAGUAGAUUGCUUCUAACCUGAUGUGUCACAGACUUUGAGUGCAAAUCCAUUUUGAUGUGCAUCAGCAAUUGCGUACUUUUCCUGAAGGCAUUUUAAAAUUCAUCAGGGUGAAGCAAUGAUGAUUAUAUGGCCAGUAUAUUAUUUUAUAAAAUUGUCAGAGUUGUGUUGAGCGCAAUUCAAAUCUGCCUUUAGCGUUAUUCAAACAGCUAAUUUGUUUUUAAAUUAUUCAUCACAAGAAGUCUGGAACUUUUCACUCCAGUUGUGUUGGCUUUUCACAGUCAGUGAUAAGAUCUGAUUUUGGGGGGCUAGGAUAGUAUAUCCAACCUAUAAGGAUCUUACAUGUUGGGUCAGAUGUGUGUUCUUGCCAGCAACACAUCAAUUCAGCUGUUGAUAUUAACAAUGUAAAUAGUGAAUAGAUAAAUCCAGAUCUCAGUCCGUACAGUAGCUACUUACAUUUCUGCCAUUAUCUGACUAGGGCACAUUAAUUUUGAACUGGGAAACCUUGUCUCCCAAAUAUAGGAGUAUAUGCUCCCGUCACUUUUUCUAAUUUUUAACCAGUUCAAAAUUUGUCAGACAUCAUUGGUUUACAUUACCAACUGUCUGCGAAUCUAUCAGUUUAAUCUGCAAUUCUUUGUAGCAUAAAGACCAGCAACUUAUUGAUCUGCUUAAUUGACCUGCCAGUUAACCAUUGAAAGAUGGGGGAAGAUCCCUGCAGAGAGGAAGAAGAAUAAACCAACAAAACAUUCACACUCAUGAUUGCACAUACCUUCUGUAACCAGCACAUAAAUCUCCUCUUGAUUUAAACUCUUCAAGUUUCCGGCUGUUGAAAAGAUCACAGGACCAAAACCUUUUCCUAUUAUGGAUGCCAACACGUUUGUGGAGUCUAGAUUAGAGCGGUGCUGGAAAAGCACAGCAGGUCAGACAGCAUCCAAGGAGCAGGAAAAUCGAGGCCUCAUUCCUGAUGAAGAGAUUUUGCCUGAAACAUCAAUUUUCCUGCUCCUCAGAUGCUGCCUGAACUGCUGUGCUUUUCCAGCACCACUCUAAUCUAGACCUUGAUUUCCAGCAUCUGCAGUCCUCACUUUUGCCUAACAUGUUUGCAGAGUCAGGUGUUUGUGUUCUCCCAAACUAAACUGAGAGCAAAAUCAAUUAUGUUGUAAACAAUUGUACUUGCUUAACAUUUCAGUAUGUGCCUUAUACAUCCUCGUACCUUCCCAUUCAGACAAUAUUUAUCUUGUUUCAGUUCUUCUCCAACAUCAUGUCCCCGUCAUGAGAAUAGGCAAGUGACUUUAUGACAACCUGUUUGGAUAUGCCUAAAAGUUUAAAGUUGUGCUGAGAUAUUCGUUCCAUUCUUUGACACAAUCUUUCACUCAUAAUAACCAACAGAAAUUGGGAAGCCACUUUGUGUUGAACUAGAAUACAAAUCCACACGUGCAUUCUGUGCAAAGUUUUAAGAUAUUUGUUUGCUAAUUUUGAUUCCUUCUAAAAAUUCAAAGUUUAUUAAGUCAAUGAAUCUAAAUAUUAAAUUUGUUGUCUGUAGUUAAGAAGUUGUAUCAAAUUAGAUUUGUAUCAUACCAAUCUGGAGCAGCAUUGCUGUCAGAAGUUGUUCAUUGGAGUACCUAAAAAUAGGAGAUGGACCCAACAAAAGGGGAAAUGCAAUAGAAAGAAAAUGGAAUUUCUACACAGUUCCAGUGUAACUUUGCCAACAAAACUGCACAAUGUUAUGACUGGAUCUCAAAUUGUACUAUGUGAAAAUUCCAAAGCUAAAAUUUAGCUUUGAAGGUUUUUAAUGAUGUAAUUUUAUUGUGGGAUUAGUUACAUUUCACAGGUACCUACAUUGAUUUGCUACUGUGUUUUGUAGAUCUAUGUUGCAGAUUAUUGACAUUUUCAAUCAGUUAGCAUAUCUAUUGCCUGGCAGAAAUACAAAUUAACCCCAAAGGAAUUGUUAGUAAUCUUCAGAAAGGAGCACUCAGUUUAUAUGAUAUUUAUCUUAUCAUCAUUUUCAUGCUGAAUUUUUUUAUAAUAAAUGUGUUGGAGGCGAUAUUGAAAUAGGCAACUAGUAAAUGGUGCAUGAACAUUCAAGCAUUUAUCUGUUAGCAAUGCAACAAGCAAUUCCCAGCAUCAUAGAUAAUUUUAAAAAGUCUGUAUUUUAAUCCACAUUAUGACCUUCAAAAAUUGAGCCAGUUAUGAAGGACUUCAUAUGAGUCAUUUAAAAUAAAGCUCUUUUAAGCUCAAGCUUUAUAAUUAGAUUUCUGAUUCGCACAUGCAGAAAAUUAUGCUUUUGGCUUCAGCCGGUUUCAAUAUUAAGUCAGCCUGCUUCGUAUUUUUCUACCUUGAGUGUGAAAGUGAGUUUUGCAGGGAACACAGGAUACUGUACAAAACAAUCAGCAUAUUUUUAACCCAAACUUGUUUUAAUAAAAGAAAUGCACUGUGAUUUAGUAUCUCUUCUGAUGUUUUAGUGGGAAAGGGGAGCUGGAAUUGUGAAGUUAAUUUGAAAUUUCUAUCUCAAGUAUUAGUGUUGGCCUGAAGUGGUUUGAGGUUUUAAAAUAUUGUGAUUUAUAAAUGUAUUUACUCCAAAGGUAAACAAAUAUUUGUUCUUUAAAUACAGUCUGUAUCUUUUUAAAUCAUUAGAAAA